AGCGUAGUCGUGGUCCGUUGGUGGCGCCGCGCGGAGAGACGCGAGAGAGGGUGUGUAAUCCGCGUGUCGUUGACAGUAGCGGCGACCAGCGGGUCGAGUCAACCGUCGCUCGACAGUCGAAGCCGGUUCUUCGGUGUGCGAGUAUCGAGAGGAUCGCGAGGGUUCGUUGUUUCCUCGAUUGCGGCGUGAACUUGUCAACAUUGCAUCGUCCGUCAACAUUGUAUCGUGUUUCACCGAUUCUCCGGACGUUUUCGUGCGGUUUCUUCUUGUGCACCGUAUUUAGGAACACGAAGAGGUUCUCGCACUGUGUUCGGUGCGUACAACUUUGUGUACUCGUUCGCUGACACGUUUCCGUUCGCGUGUGUCCAGUGUGCUGAUGUGUGUGAAUUGCAACGGCGAAAGCGUUGCCUGAGAUUACUACGAGGACGUUCCCCCUAGCCGAUUAACUGUUAGAGUCGAGACGGUCUGGAAAGCUUCGUAGGAGCCUGCACUGGAACUUCGGCUGCAAAACGAGUCAUCGAGGCGUGAGCGUCUACGCGGGUAACAGUUUUCCGGCUCGAUUCCCAAAACUUUCACGGUUAUUCGCCUGAACCCGAUGACUUCGUGAGAGAUUGUCUUCUGGUAUAGAAAACGAGAGCUGAUGAAUAGCGAACGGAAGUCGAUCAUCUAGCUGAAUCGGAAGCUGUGAACCGAGGACGUUCCCACGGCUCGAAGAAUAAAUUGCUCCCAUCAGCCUUCGUGUGGGAUUGAAACAGCAUUGUUAGACGCGGCCAUGCGGUGACACCGGAGGGCGUCGUCGAAUCGGGAAAACUACAUAUCAAUUCAUAUCAUUCGGAGUCGAAGCACCAGGAAGUCCCCGCGAGGUUGCACUCGUCGGACAGCUAAUCACCAGCCGAUUCGACGUAUCGAUCUCCCGUCGCUCGACCCGAGCCGUAUCACGACAAAUGCGGGUCCAACGAUGAUCCAGACGCGAUCAAGUGAUAUCAGGUGUCGAUCGAACGGGAUCGACGGUAACGAGACACACGACAAUCCAUUGUAACCGGAUCGCCCCGCGCGCAAACCCGAACCGAUAAACCCGAUCGAAAAAAAAAACCGGGGCCACUGUUCUGCAUAUUCGGAGGACUGCGUGAAAUUUCAAAGGGACGAGGACCAGAGGAACGAAGUAAGAGGAUGUUGCUGAGGUAACACGAUAUCUCGAGCCGGCUGAAAAACGAUAAGUUAAUCGAACCGUGCUCGAAAGGGAGGACACAGGGGGCGACGGAGAAAGAGAGGAAGAGGAUUCGGACGAACGACACGUAAAAAAAAAAAAAAGAAAAAGAAAUGGGUUUCCCCAGGAGGAGAUCCCUGUGGCUGAAGGUGGCCAUCCUGGUCACGGCGGUUUGGGCCACCGUGUGCUUUCUGCUUUACACGGAGGAUCGCGCCAACGCCGCUGUACAGGGAUUGGCCCCCUCUGGCGUCGCGGCGCCUCAAAUGGCCAACGGAUUCGUGCCCGCUGCUGCGCCACUCAGGAAAGAGACGCCGCUUAAUGGCCAGCCAAAGCAGGCGAAGGUUGUACAGGCUGGUCCCGAGCAAGGCGGUGGCGUGCUCGCUGCUCCUCGUGACCAGGACUCCAGCGCGCCUGGCGAGAAUGGAAGGCCUGUUAUUCUACCAACAAACAUGACUGCCGAAAUUAAAAAACUUGUCGACGACGGAUGGCUUAACAACGCGUUCAAUCAGUACGUCAGCGACCUGAUUUCCGUUCACAGAACACUGCCGGACCCGCGAGAUCCAUGGGCGACGAGAGGGGAGAUCCGCCGUUCGCUUUUUGAGCACGUCUCGCUCUAAUUACGCGACGAAGGUGCAUCCAUAUGUAUACGAGCGCAGACGCAGGCAUCGACGGAAGAGAAAGAGCCCCGACGAGACCCUGAAGGGGUCGGAUGGGGUGUUCACGGCGUUGCACUGUCGGAUGGCAAGGGGAGAAGGUGUUCUCGUUCAACCACCUCCCUCCGACUUGUGUGCGGAGGAGUUCCUGGAGUGGAUACACCGGGUACAAUCGACUGCAGAAGUUCCCUCUCGUAAAAGUAACGCGACCGUAAAAUA